GCCGAAGGGAGUGAUGGAAUGAUUUAAGUUUGAUUAAAGAAAGGGGUAGAAGAAAAAGAAAAGAAUGGCUUCUUCCAUAAUGGCAUUCCAAAGCUUCUGUUUUAUGCUCCCUUCAUAUCCUGUUUUGAGACGUCAUCGCAUCUCAAUCUCUUCAACUUCCCUCUGCCCAUGUUCAAACUCUCUCCAAGCUUCAUUCUCUCCACCAAAAACAAACUAUUAUCAUUUCAACCAUCUUUACAGAGUAAACUCAGAAGGGACUACAAGUGAGUCAAUUGAAGAUCCAAAAUUUGUUCCCUUGAAUGCUGAUGAUCCUGUAUAUGGUCCACCUGCUUUAUUACUGCUGGGAUUUGAAACAGAGGAAACUAUAAAGAUACAAAAUCUUCUACAAGUGUUGGAUGGUGAAUUUCUAAAGGUUAUUCAUUGUACAGAGGACAUGAUUGACUGCUCACUUUGGGAAGCAAUGCAUGCUCAGCAACCAGAUUUAGAAGUGGUGAAGAUUGCAAAAUCAUUGCCCAGGAUCUGCUUUUUGUCUGGUCUAACUGGGGAGGAAAUGAUGAUGUUCAUUGAUGCUUUUCCAGAAACUGGGCUGAAACCAGCUGUUUUUGCAGCUCUUGUUCCUAACAGUGCAAAUAAACCGCUGGGAGAGGUGAUGGAAGAGAUUAUGGGGGACCAUGAAAUGAUGUCUGCCAAACAACCAGGCCCACCAUAGAACCCAUCCCAGGGGAAGCUUUGAAGAAAUUUUGAUUCAUGGUUCCUCCACCGACUUUCAUACUUUGUGAAUAGGUCACCGAGAAAGGACUCAGCUAAGAAAAUCUAUUUUGUAAAA